AAAGGGAGGGGCGGCGGCUGCUCGGUGCUGGCUCCGCAGACCGGGUUGGACGCGGGCUGGACGCGCGUCUGGCCCUUUAAGGGCCGCCCCCGAGGAGGUGCCAGGCCCUGGUGGCUCCGGUCUCUCCUUCCUGGUCCUGCGGGGCAGGGACUGUCCGUGGGGCCGUGGUAGGGCACCGGACCCGGACGGGCCCAGGUGUGCCCGGCCUGGCCCCAUGGCCCUGGUCACAGUGAGCCGCUCCCCUCCGGCCAGCGGCCACUCCACGCCUGUAGGGCCCACGGACCAGGCAUCCAAGCGGAGAAGCCGGCUCCAGCGAAGGCAGAGCUUUGCGGUGCUCCGUGGUGCUGUCCUGGGACUGCAGGACGGAGAGGACAAUGGAGAAGCAGCUGACGCUGGCCCUGAGGCAGUGGAGGGACCCCCGGGGGAAGAACAGCCCCACAGCGACCAGACAGACGAUGGGCAGGGGCCCCAGAGUCCCCAGAAGCAGCAGCAGAGUCAGCACCUGCACCUCAUGGUGGAGCUGCUGAGGCCACAGGACGACAUCCGCCUGGCAGCCCAGCUGGAGGCGGCACGGCCCCCUCGGCUCCGCUACCUGCUGGUAGUUUCCACAAGAGAACAUCAGAGCCAGGAUGAGACAGUCCUCUUGGGAGUGGAUUUCCCCGACAGCAGCUCCCCGAGCUGCACCCUGGGCCUGGUCUUGCCUCUCUGGAGUGACACCCAGGUGUACCUAGAUGGAGACGGGGGCUUCAGUGUGACGUCCGGUGGGCAGAGCCGAAUCUUCAAGCCCAUCUCCAUCCAGACCAUGUGGGCCACGCUCCAGGUGUUGCACCAGGCGUGUGAGGCGGCUCUUGGCAGCGGUCUUGUGCCAGGGGGUAGUGCCCUUACCUGGGCUGGAUACUACCAGGACAGACUGAGCUCUGACCAGAGCUGCCUCAACGAGUGGAUGGCCAUGGCCGACCUGGAAUCCCUGCGGCCUCCCAGCACCGAGCCUGGCCGGCCCUCAGAGCAGGAGCGGAUGGAGCAGGCGAUCCGGGCUGAGCUGUGGGAGGUGCUGGACACCAGCGACCUGGAGAGCGUCACUUCCAAAGAGAUCCGCCAGGCCCUGGAGUUGCGCCUGGGCCGGCCUCUCCAACAGUACCGCGACUUCAUUGAUAACCAGAUGCUGCUGCUCAUGGCCCAGCAGGACCGCGCCUCCCGCAUCUUCCCCCACCUCUACCUGGGCUCAGAGUGGAAUGCGGCAAACCUGGAGGAACUCCAGAGGAACAGGGUCAGCCACAUCUUGAACGUGGCCCGCGAGAUUGACAACUUCUACCCCGAUCGCUUCGUCUACCACAACGUGCGCCUCUGGGAUGAGGAGUCAGCCCAGCUGCUACCCCACUGGAAGGAGACACACGGCUUCGUGGAGGCCGCGAGGUGGGGCUCCGCCUGCCCCAGCUUCAAGCGGUCCCCUGGCCUCUUCCCUCCGGCUCAGGACCUCUCCCGGCCCUCAGGGUCUCGGCUCCCUCCUCUGCUCUGGGCGGAUCACUCCCUGUCCUUCUCCCACACCGCAGGGCCCCUCACAGCGAUGGGGCGGGGAAGGGGGGUGCUGACCGUGUUCUGCCUCCACAGAGCACAGGGCACUCGGGUGCUAGUCCACUGCAAGAUGGGCGUCAGCCGCUCGGCUGCCACGGUGAUAGCUUAUGCCAUGAAGCAGUAUGGCUGGAGUCUGGAGCAGGCUCUGCGCCACGUGCAGGAGCUCCGGCCCAUCGCCCGCCCCAACCCCGGCUUUCUGCGCCAGCUGCAGACCUACCAGGGCAUCUUGACCGCCAGCCGGCAGAGCCACAUCUGGGAGCAGAAAGUGGGUGGGGCUUCCCCAGAGGAGCCCCUCGCCCCGGAGAUGUCUACACCAUUCCCGCCUCUUCCGCCGGAACCAGGGGGCAGUGGGGAGGCGAAGGCUAUGGGUUUGGAGGAGAGCCGGUCAGCCCUGAAAGAGGAGCCUGGGCCACGGCCCCGUAUCAACCUCCGAGGGGUCAUGCGGUCCAUCAGCCUCCUGGAGCCUUCCUCGGAGCUGGAAAGCAUUUCAGGGGCCAGUGAUCUGCCAGAGGUGUUUUCUUCAAACGAGUCUUCAGAAGAAGACCCUCCGGUGCCCUUCCCUCAGCUCUCAAAGGCCAAGGGAGGCGAGCCGGGUCCCAAGGGGCCUUGGCCUGCCCUGAAGUCCCACCAGUCUGUGGUUGCCCUCAACAGCGCCGCCCUGGUGGCCAGCCGGACCCGGGCCUUGCAGGAGCAGGCAGAGGCCGGCCGUUCCUCCACACCCAGGCUCCGGAAGGUGGUGAGGCAGGCCAGUGUGGAUGGCAGUGGGGAGGAGGGCGAGGCUUGAGCCCUCACACAUGCUCGUGGCCCCCUAGACACAAAUAGAGGCGCCUGAACACAGCUCCUGGGACGAGCGCCCUUCAUUCCUGUCAGCUUGUCCACGUUCCUUUUAGCUCCUCCCCAGUGGCCCCGAGAUUCCAUCACUACAGCCUCAGCUCCUAUGGCCUUAAGUCUCAGACAUGACAUGUCCACCUUUCCAAGGGCUCAAGAUCUUCUCUAUAACGGGGAUGUGACAGAGAGACUGAAAGUGCCUUUGGGGGCCAGAGCACCUUGCUUCAUUCCCAGCUGCUGCCUGAAACACUCACUUGCAGCCAGGGAAUAAACCCAGUGCAGAAAGGCUCAUGCUUCCUCCCUCACCCACUCCCAUGUGCCUCACCCCUGCCCCUCUUCAUUCCUGGGGCCCGCUAGGCCAGAGAACCAGUGGCCCUUAAAGGCCAAGAGUAACCUCAGUUCCCAGUUCUGGAGGCUCUGAGGAGCAGAGAGCGGUCCCGCCGAUGGGGCCUUCCUCCCGCACUCCACAACCAGCCCGUCUUCUGCUGUUGUCCCCCGCCCCACGCCACUCCCCGACAGCAGUGCGCUGGGUCACAGGGCACCAGGCCAAAGAAAGUCUUCUUCUUGUCCUUCACGGCCUCUGGCCAGUUUUUCACAGUCUUAAUAGUAUCUGGCUUUGUACUUAGAAAUAAAAAAAAACCAUUUUCAUAUUAUUUUCACUUUUAUGAUAAA